CCAACUUUGGAACCUGUAAUUGUCUCUAUGGGACAGAGGCACACCCAGGGGAAGAUGUGUCCAGGGCACUCAGUGCCCACAUCUCCUAGUCGCAAAGCUUUGCCUUGCCUCUGACCAGCCACCAAAGAACGGGUAUUCUCAGCAGGGGCCUCAUCUCCACCUUGACCGGGAGCAGGACAAGGAGAGCAGGCCCCAUACCCGAAGGAGGGCUCAGCCUUGAGAUUAGGUUGGAGACACAACAAGGGGUGGGGACCCCGAGGGCGGGGGCGGGGCGGAGCAGGUUAGCUUAAAGAGCUCAGAGUCUUGAGCGGUGCACUCCCUGGACCUCUCCCCACGGUCUCCCCAUGGACCGCACAGUCGUGCUCAUCACUGGCUGUUCCUCUGGCAUCGGCCUGCACCUGGCCCUGCGUCUGGCGUCCGACCCCUCCCGGAGCUUCAAAGUGUAUGCCACGCUGCGGGACCUGAGGGCGCAGGGCCCUCUGUGGGAGGCAGCCCGGUCCCUAGGGUGCCCUCCUGGCUCCCUGGAGACGUUGCAGCUGGACGUGAGGGACGCGGAUUCUGUGGCCGCUGCCCGGGCACGCGUGACCGAGGGCCGCGUGGACGUGCUGGUUUGUAAUGCGGGGCGGGGUCUGCUCGGGCCGCUGGAGGCGCAUACGGCUGGCGCAGUGGGGUCCGUGCUGGACGUGAACGUGGCCGGGACGGUGCGGACACUGCAGGCCUUCCUGCCCGACAUGAAGCGCCGCCGCUCGGGACGUGUGCUGGUGACCGGGAGCAUGGGCGGCUUGAUGGGUGCGUGGAUGGGGCGGGGCCAGCAGGAGGGGCGGGGCCUGUGGCAGUGCCUCUGGCUGUCUGGGGCUUCCGGUGGCGACCCUCCCAGACAAGCCUCCGAAGCCUCUUCUCCCCUCGAAGGGCUGCCGUUCAACGCGGUUUACUGCGCCAGCAAGUUUGCGAUCGAAGGUCUGUGCGAGAGUCUGGCGGUUCUCCUGCCUCCCUUCGGGGUCCACGUGAGCCUCAUAGAGUGCGGCCCGGUGCGCACCGCCUUCCUGGAGAAGCUGGAGGGCGUCGCGGGCGGCGUGCUGGACGGCGCGGACGCCGAGACCCGCCACCUCUUCUCCCGCUACCAGCGCCAUCUGGAGCGGAUCUUCCGCGAGGCGGCGCAGGACCCGGAGGAGGUGACCGAGGUCUUCCUCGCCGCGCUGCGCGCCCCGCGCCCCGCGCUGCGCUACUUCAGCACCGAGAGCUUCCUGCCGCUGGCGCACCUGCGUCUGGCCGACCCCAGCGGCUGCAGCUACGUCGCCGCCAUGCACCACGCGGUGUUCGCCGACGAUCCCGAGGAGGAGCCGAACGCCGCGGCCCCCGGCGGCCCCGAGCUCUGCGCUCCUCCCGCCGCCACCGCCCCGCAAUAAAGGCUUGGUCCGCCGCUG